CUUGUCAAUGCGGCCGGUGGGAUUUUGAGCUCGGCGACCGAUAUGACCAAAUAUAUGCAGUUUCAUUUAAACCUCGGAAAAGUUGGGGACAACCAAAUUGUUCCUGCGGAAGUAAUGAACUGGUUAUACGCACCGUCGUCUCUGACGCCUUCUGGCACCUUAAAAUCUGAAAACAAUCCCGACUCAACUAUAAACCUGAACCUUGCCUACGGCCUCUGUCUGGACAUUGGAGUUUACGAUGGCUGGUUACGAAUCGGGCAUGGCGGGUAUCUUCCCCCUUUUGAAAGUCUUAUGACCUUGUAUCCUGACCUAGGACUUGGAGUGUUUAUGGCCAUGAGCGGUCCUGGCACUUUGUACGCGACAUCCAUGCCCAACUCCUGGAUUCAGGCCGAGCUUUUUGAAAUAUUGCGGGGGGCAGUUGCGCAGGGUGUGGGCAGCUUUGAUGGAUAUACCGCUGCUCCAAUCGACUUGACACCGUUGGCAGUUUUGUCACGGAUUCCGACCGGAAAUCAGGAGACGAAUAGCCCAGCAAGAAUUUCACCGGACGAAGCCGUCGGUACCUAUGGAAGUGGGUUCAAUGGUGAGAUGACCAUUUCCUUCAAAAACAACUCUGCCGGAGUCCCACAACUGUACUGGGAAUAUGGAAAAUGGGGGCUGGCCUGGCUGGUUCAAGUGUCCGAGUCAACGUUCUCCAUUGCCGAGUGGGACUCUGAUUUUUGGAUGAUGAGUUGGACAAACCAACUCGGAAUGACGAACCUUACCCUGGAAUUUGCAGACAUGGAUAACAUUCGAUAUCUCGACGAGGGUGCGCAGGGGACCACCAAUUUCACGCGAGGGCUCAAAAUCGAUGAUUUACCCGAAGUCCCAUGGGCGCCCGACAGUUGUGGGAAAUAAUGCAGUUACAAACUUAUUUCA